ACCCAGAUCGGCUCACGUGAUUCACUGAGGGCUGGUCAUGUGACUCAGCCGUUCAUACUCUUUUGUCAGUUCUCCUCGGACCUUCGCGACUCUGAACAUGAGGCUGCUGCAGGAAAGUGUGCUCGUCCUGUUUCUCUGGACCUGUGUGGUGAACUGUGCUCACUCCAGGAGCUGCUCAGCGUUUUUCUGCACAAAACCUCACCGUGUCAGCGAGCUGCACCGAGGAGGAGGAGGAGUGGACCCCGGCUCUCCGCUCUUCCUCACUCCCUACCUGGAGAAGGGCGCUAUAGAUGAAGCUCGGCAACUGAGUCUUGUGGGGAAACUACCAGGUGCCAAUGUUAAAAGCUAUGCCGGGUAUCUGACCGUCAACAAGAAAUACAACAGCAAUCUCUACUUUUGGUUCUUCCCUGCACUCAAGCCAAUCCAAGACAAGGCUCCGGUCCUGCUGUGGCUGCAGGGGGGACCAGGUGGCACCUCCAUGUUUGGUCUUUUUGUGGAGCACGGACCAUAUGUGGUUUAUAAGAACCUGACUGUUGGUUUAAGGGACUACGCUUGGACAACCAGAUAUUCAGUCUUGUACAUUGACAAUCCCGUUGGAACUGGUUUUAGCUUCACUGAUGACGACAGAGGUUUUGCUCAGGAUCAGGACGACGUCGGCAGAGACUUGUACAGUGCUUUAACGCAGUUCUUCCAGAUCUUUCCCGAGUAUCAGUCCAAUGAGUUCUAUGCCACCGGAGAGUCUUAUGCAGGGAAGUACGUUCCUGCCAUUUCUUACUACAUCCACAAAAACAACCCCACUGCAAAGGUGAAGAUCAAUUUCAUGGGCAUGGCGAUUGGUGAUGGGCUUUGUGAUCCAGAAAUGAUGCUCGGUGGUUACGGUGAGUUCCUGUUCCAAACUGGCAUGAUUGACGAACACCAGAAACAGUAUGUUGUCCAGCAGACUGACCUUGGGGUGGAACUCAUUCAGCAGGAGAAGUGGGUGGAGGCUUUUCAGGUCUUUGAUCGCUUGCUGAAUGGUGACGUGGAUCCAUAUCCUUCCUUCUUCCAAAACGUGACAGGCUGCACCAACUACUUCAACUACAUGACAUGUCAGGAGCCUGAAGACCAGGAGUAUUUCUCCCAGUUUGUGACUCUGCCUGAGGUGCGGCGUGCCAUCCAUGUGGGCAAUCUGACGUUCAACGACGGCUCUGAGGUGGAGAAACACCUCGUGCAGGACGUCAUGAAGAGCAUCAAACCGUGGCUGGGAGUUCUGAUGGACAACUACAGGGUCUUAAUCUACAGUGGUCAGCUGGAUGUGAUCGUAGCGGCUCCACUGACCGAGAGGUUUCUGCCGACCGUGAACUGGACCGGAGCAGCCGAGUUCAAUUCCGCGCCACGCUACCACUGGAAGGUCCAGCCCACUGACACGGAGGUGGCAGGUUAUGUAAAACAAGUGAAAGACUUUUACCAGGUCAUCAUCCGAGGAGGGGGACACAUUCUUCCUUACGACCAACCAGCGAGGUCCUUCGACAUGAUCGACAGAUUUCUGUCAAUACGAGGCUGGAUAUGAAAUGUUUUGUAUUAAAAAUGCAACCAAAGUACCUUCACCUCCGAAUGAACACGAUCUUAAAUUAGCACAUGCUUUGCUGAUUUGCUACGCAUCUUUGCAAAUGAAAUGUCAUUGAUUUUCUGGGAUUUUAGCAGAUGUGACAUUUGUUGUAACCUGUAACUUGACUGCAAAUGAAAUAAGUUCCUGGAUGAAUGUCACUGAAUAGCUGCCUAUAUAUUUCAGAGUUUGAAUCAAAUGGUAAAAAGAAACUGCAGCUUCAUUUGAUUAUCAGUUUUUUCUUCAUGUGGUGGAAAAAAAACUUGAAAUAAGAGAAAUAACUUCAAAUAAAAGUAUUUUUUUGUAAAUUAAAAAUUCCCAUUCCACUGAUUGUGACUGCUAUAAUGAAGCACUGAUAAUUACUUACUGGUUAAUUAACUGUGAAGUUAACAUUAAAGUGUACACCAGGGGUCGCUGUUUUCCACAGAUAUUCUGUUGCAUCCUUGAAACUCCAAAACGACAACACUGCAAAACUAAUGUGGUCAUUUCAAAUGAGCCUGAGUUGAAAGAAUAAAUACUUCAGGGGAAACUUUA